GGGCGAGGAGAAAUAUAUUUGUUGUUGCCUGUUUGAUUCAAGAAUUAUGGUAAACAUGGCAGCCCCCUGGCCACUCGUGAGAACAGCUAACUAGAAUGUUCUGGUACAUUCAUGUAUUUGCUAUCUAAGGCGGCGGAAAGUAGCUGUCCGUCCAUAAAUAAACAGAUCGUCCGCUUUGAGUCACGCAUUUAUAGAAGUUACGCACAUCAUGGCUGACAACAGACAGACUAGGAGGUAUCCUCACAAUCUUCAGGGAGUCCUGCAGCUUGCGGUAGAGGCAGGAUCAGCAGCUGAGGGACCAGCUCCUUCGGAGCCAAUGUCAGAAGAGAGAAAAGCAUGGCUGAGGGAAGCUCUUGUAGAUGCUUGCAAAGGCCAGAUGGAUGAAGUGGAGCAGAUGAAGAGAUGCUUGGAAAUUCUGCGUGAAGAGGAAACAAGUGAAAGUGAGAGGGAUGAAGAUGAGGAUGACAGAGAAUCUGUAUUUGAAACACUGUCGGAGUUGUGUGAAAACCUGGACAAUGCCAGAGACCUUAUGACUCUGGGCGGUUUGGAGCUGUGUGUCUCCCGAUAUCUUAGUCAUGUCCAGAGUGGGCUCAGGUGGCGAGCUGCUGAGCUGAUUGCGUCCUGUGCUCAGAACAUGCCACAGGUCCAGGUCUACUUACUCGACCUGGGGACACUGCCAAAGCUACUACAUCUGACAGACACGGAUCCCAACCCCACUGUUAAAGUCAAAGCACUUUAUGCUGUUUCAUGUCUGGUCCGAGAACUAGAGAAGGGACUAAAAGCGUUUUUAUCCCAUGAUGGGUUCUCUGUACUAAUGCGAGGCAUGCAGAUAUCUGUUCUGCGCUUGCCACACUUGCCUUUCCAUGAACAUGUUCUCGGUGCUCUUUGUUGUUUGGUGGAGGACUCCCCCCAGGGGCUCGCAGACUGCACUAAUCCUGCUCUCGGUCUGGAGGAGCUGCUGAGACAGCGAGCCACUGAGCUCAAAGGAAAGGAGGAAAGUCAGGAAGAGCUGGACUUCUGUGAACAUUUAAGAAGCAUGUGUUUCCAUGGUCGGCCAUCAGAUGACAGUGGGAUGGAUCGCUAAAAUAUUUUUUUCACAUUUCACCUGCCAUGGUAAUACUGUACAAAACUGUAACAUGGUUGUGGAACAACACACUUGUCAAUACUUGCAUGUACUCCAGACUUUUACUUUGUAAAUUAUUGUUGUGCAGGGUAUAACUCCUCUGUUUGUUUUUUUAGUCCAUUGUAUCUUAAGCACAGAAUAUGUGUUUAUAUAUUUCUCUAAUACAAAGCAACUGCAAAA